AUGUCCAACUUACCCGACAAAGUGGACGUCCUCAUUGUCGGCGCAGGUUUCAGCGGGCUUUACCAACUUCACUUUCUGCGAGGACUCGGGUUCAACGUGAAGAUCGUGGAGGCGGGAGGCGACAUCGGUGGAACGUGGUACUGGAACUGCUAUCCCGGUGCUCGUGUCGAUUGUGAUGCAAGCAUGUACCAGCUUUCGAUUGACGGCGUCUGGCAAGAUUGGAGCUUCUCGUCCAAGUAUCCUAGCCGCGACGAACUUCGAGAAUAUUUCCAGUACAUCAACCGCAAACUUGACCUCAGCCGCGACAUCCUCCUCAACACACGCGUUAUCGCUGCGAUCUAUGACGAUCCCGCCAGCGAAUGGAAAGUGACGACGCAGCAAGGGGACGUGGUUCGAUGCCAAUUCCUGAGUUUCUGUACAGGGUUCGCAUCGAAACCGUUUACGCCGGCCUUCAAGGGGCUCGACACGUUCCUCGGACAUUGCUACCACACCGCGCUCUGGCCACAGGGAGGGCUCGAUUUACGGGACAAGCGGGUGGCAGUUAUCGGUACUGGCGCGAGCGGAAUCCAGGUCGUCCAGGAAGCAGCGGCCGUCGCUCGGCAGGUCACUGUUUUUCAACGCACUCCGAGUAUCGCUUUCCCUAUGAAGCAGCAAGUGUUGGAUGAUGAGGCUAAAAAGAAGCUGAAAGAAGGUCAGGCAAAGGCCUUUGAAGAACGGAAGAAGACGGCUUCUGGGGUCAAUGUAGAACCCAUCUUUCGGGAAAUGUCUGACUUUACGACGGAGGAGAAGAACGAGAUCUACGAACGCCUUUAUGCACAAGGGGGAUUUGCACCACUGGUAGCCGGAUUUCAGGAAGUAUAUACGGAUGACGCCGCGAACGAUUGGGCGUAUGGCUUCUGGAGAGAUAAGGUCAGAAAGCGAAUCAAGGACCCUUGGCUGCAAGAACAACUUGCGCCGACUGUGAAGCCUUCCCCAAUUGGAUCAACACGAGCUCUCGAGCAGAAUUAUUAUGACGUGUUCGACCAGUCAAAUGUCAGGCUUAUCGACGUCAACGAGAUCAACAUAGAUCGAAUCACACCGAAAGGAAUACAGUUGGCUGACGGCAUCGAGCAAGAGUUCGACGUUAUCGUUCUUGCCACCGGCUUCGACGCGAUCACUGGUAGCAUGACUCAGCUCGACAUACGAGGCACCGACGGUGCAACUAUACUCGACAAAUGGACGUCCUUGGCUAGCACAUAUCUAGGGCUGAUGACAGCCAAUUUCCCAAACAUGUUCUUUGCCUAUGCGACACACGGUCCCACGGCCCUCGCCAACGGCCCUACCGCGUUGGAGAUUCAAGGCGCUUGGAUUGUCAGAUGUAUCCGUUAUAUGAGAGAGAACGGACUCUCCUCAAUCAGGCCACGCAAGGAAGCUGAAGACCAUUGGACGAAGCUCGUGAACGAUAUCGGGAAUCGUGGACUAUGGGUUCGUGCCAAGGCAUGGUACACUGGGGCCAACAUCCCGGGCAAGACGGUUCAACACUUGAACUUCUCUGGAGGUGUCGGUCUAUAUGCUCAAAUGUGUCGAGAGAGCGAGGAGAAGGGGUACGACGGCUUCGAGCUUUCCAACAAGAGCCAUUGA